AUGGGUUGUAAAAAUACGAAGCCACCGAAGCAGGAAGGUCCUAAUCCUAAACGUAAUGAACUCUAUAUAGAUAAAUCAGAUCCAUUGGCUCCUUAAUCCAGACAAAAUAUUCCUGAUAAACCAAUUGCUAAGUAAAUUACAAACAUCAAAAAAAUAGAUAAGAUGGAUAAAAAAGUAAUAGACUAAAUCUUGUAUUUACAUCCAGUUAAAGUAGUUGAAAUGGCCUAUAAGGAUGAGAAAGCCUUUAUAAAUUUGAUUAAAUUAAAUGGAGUCAAGAAUCUUGCAAUUUAUACAGGCUAUGAAGCAGAUCCUCCAAUAGUUCUCUAAUCUGGUAAAAGAGUAUCAACUCUUACCUGGAAUCCCUUAACGUUUGCUCUUAUCUUAUAGAAGACAGAUCUGUUCAACUUCAUAGUUAAGGAUGUUAACUUCAAUCUUAAGAUACUGCUAGAAGCUUAGCCUCAGUAAUUGCGAGCAAGCCAAAUAAACAGUUAAAUGUUUAGUAAGGAUGAAUUAAUGACACCAUUAUUCCAGCUAAUGUAUGAGAAUUAGUCUAGCUUAGUCAAGGUAUUUGCUAAUGAACUACUGCAUCUAAUGAGAAACGGAAAUAUUAAAGCGCUAUUUAAGCAAGCUGCAAGAAGUGAGAAUUCAGGCUAGAAUUUAGAAGUUCUAUUGUAGAGUAGAGCCUUUAAACAAUUAUACUACUAAAAAGUUAAGGCUGUAAUGAAGACUAAAGUAAAUAAAGAAAUCAAGACUGAAGCCAAACCAUAUCUUGAGUUUAUUAAUGCUCUCUAAAAAGCUCAUAAAAACCGUGAUAAUGUACAAUCAAAGGUAUCUCAAUUGAUAUAAAAAACAAUAAAUGGUGAUUUAUCAGGGGUUAAAGGCAAAAUUGGAAACUCUGAUAUUCCAAAAGAAGCUGUGCCUUAUCUCUUGGACCCUUCUUUAUAAGAGUAAACUAUCCAUGUGAAUGCUAUAAUUGGUGACUUCCCUAUUGAGCUAAGUAAAAUGAAUGCAAUAGAGAUUGCAUGUGCAUUGAGUAAACCUUAAAUAGUCUAGUACUUUAUUGUUGACCUGCAACUUAAGUCAUUUAGGGAUUUUCAAAUGAACAAUAAGGGUGGGUUGCUUAAUGAAAUGCACUUUAUGGUGGGGGCCAUCCUAAGAAAAGAUCAUGAUAUUACCAAAAUAUUGUUAGAAUAAUCUUAACUUUGGACAUAUGAUGACUUCAAAGAGAUUACUGGAAUAAUGAAGCAAUGCUCUUUCGUAAGAGGGAUUCAUGAAGCUUUGGAAUCCAAAACUGCUCAAGAAAUAUUUAUCAAUCUAAAUCUUCAAGAUAGAUUUAGAUUUGUGAGGGAUUUCUUAGCUUUGCCAUAUAAGAUUGAUAUUAGUGAUUCAUAAGUUGACUUGUAUCAAGAGGAAAAUUAUGUAGAAUAAUCAGCCAGAUCAUAGUAAGCUGUAAGUUAAAAGAAGAAAAACCUGCUAUCUGCUAAGGAUUAAACUUUGCUUUCUAAUUUGAUAAAAACUAAACUAGUCAAUCCACCCUAUAUAUCAGCCUAUCUAUUUUAAGAAUUUGCAAAGAGAAAGGAUACUUACAAGAACGAGUUAGAAGUAGAGAAGAUACCAGCAGAUCCAGCUGAUACUUUAAAUUUUCUUAAAAUAGCAAUAGAAACUGUAGAUGAUCUUGAUCUUCAUGAAUAUAUUCAUGAAACACAUGGAGCGAUAGUCAACUAUCUUGAAAAUACAGUAAAUAUGAUAUCAAUGAAUCUAGAGGGAAAUUCUGAUAGUCACCUAUCCUAAAUGAAAGAGUAGAUAAGCAAACUUAUUGGAAAAAUUUAGGGUCACCAAACUUAUAUAAUGAUAAAAGGAGAGAGUAGCGAUUAGGAUUAAGAAAAUAUUUUAGAUAAUUAGGCCUGA